AUGUCGUCUGUUGCGGAAGAAAUCUUUAAAUGUGUGCUGUCCGGAGACUUGGCCACUAUCGAGAAGUAUUUACAAGCUGAGAGUGUCGUGGGCAAGUCGCAGGAAACAGACCUUUUCAGUAAGAAGGACGAGCUAGGGAGAAAUGCUCUGAUAACCGCCGCCAUUUUGGGAAAGAGCGACAUCGUCCGAGUGCUGGUGAGAGGAGGAGCUCAGGUCAACGAGCAGACUACGAGCGGUUAUUCAGCGCUGCAUCUUGCUGCUUGUUGGGGUCACGUGGAGACAGUGAGGACUCUGCUUGAACUGGAAGCUGACAGAAAGGCCACGACCUACAGGGGGGAGAGGCCUGUGGACGUGGCUCGGAGAUACUCCAAGACAGACUGUGUAGACUGUCUCGACCUGGCAGAAGCCAAACAGGACCUGAUGUCAUAUCUAGCCUCUGUGAAGGAGACUAUUUCAAACUCAGGGAGGAGCCUCACGAAGGAAGAGAAGAACCUCUGUACGCGUGCAUGUUCUGCAGGGUCAGACUGGAUCCAGAGUGUCCAACAGCCAGCCUUGUCAGACUUCAUCGCCCAGAGGAAAGACAUAGAGGACACUCUGCAACCUGUUCUCAGCAAGUUGUCAGAUGAAGGAAAGGGAUUCUGGGAUGGCAACUGUUAUCCAGUGUUCACUGUGUAUGCAUGUGACUACACCCACACUGGCCACCAGUCCUCCUUUGCUGAGUGGUUCACCACUGUAGUCAAUGUCCUCUCCUGUUAG